GUGUAGUCUGUAGUCAUUGUGAUUUGUGAAGGAUCCCUGCUCAGGAUGACAGUUUUGUAGUUUAGAAGGGCAUUCUUGCUCUUAAAGUACCAAUCAAUUAAUUUGAAAGAUGUUAACAUAAGCGAAGUUACGAGUGAAGUAGUCUCCAGUUGUCCGCCGCACCGUUUGGUUAGGUCGGCCAAACCAAACUGUGCGACUCAGAGGCAAGUGGGAGGGAUUGUUGGUCUCAUGCUCCGCCGGCCGCAGACCUUGCGGAAACUAGCGCGGGGGAGAUUGACCGCGGUGGACCUAGAUGCUGUUUCUCUCAACUGUUAUCCUCCAUUUUGGACUUUCUCUUGCCACAGAGCGUCCAAUCAUUGGGAUCGUCACUGAGGAAGUAAGCUCCAAAGCCCAAGUUGAUGCUCGUUCCAUGAUCGCAGCGUCUUAUGUGAAAGCAGUGGAACAAGCUGGAGCCAGGGCAGUUCCCAUAUUUAUAAACAAAACAGCUUCUUACUACAGGCAUAUCCUUGACGCCAUCAACGGUGUGGUCUUGCCUGGGGGAGCAGUGUCUUUCAAUAGCUCGGGAGGAUAUGCAGAUGUUGGGAGGAUUAUCAUGGAGUAUACUAAAGAGGUAAACUCAAAUGGGGAUAUCUUUCCAGUUCUUGGGGUGUGUCUCGGAUUUGAACUUCUGUUGUAUUUGGAAGUAGAGAGUUACAGUAUUCUGGUCAACUGUAACUCAAGCAAUGUUGCACUUCCGUUGGUGUUCAAGAAUAAAUAUCAGCGAAGUAAACUGUACUAUCGAGCACCAACAGAAGUCAUUGAGAUAUUGAGCACUUUACCUGUGACCUACAAUCAACACAGGAAAUGUGUUACAGAACAACUUCUGGCCCAGCACAAUCUUACAGACACCUGGCAUGUGUUGACGACAAGUUACGACGUUAACAGGAAGGAGUUCAUCUCCAGCAUCGAACACCGAGGACUUCCCGUCGCAGGUAUACAGUUCCAUCCAGAGAAGAACGCAUUUGAGUGGAACCCAACCGAGAGAAUAGUCCACUCUCAUAAGGCUGUUGUAAGUGCUCGCCACUUUUACGACUGGCUUGUCGGAGAGGCUCGGAAAAAUAACCAUUAUUUCAAGAACCCCACAAAAGAGACUGAAGCUCUCAUUUACAACUACUCUCCCACUUUUGUGGAUAAAGGUGCUGGGUAUUUUGAGCAAGUUUAUUAUUUUCAGUAGUUAUGUAAGAUAAUGGUUAGUAUCAUAGAUAAAACAUACUCCUCAAGUUAUGUAUAUGUAUGUACUUGAGGAGUAUGUUUUAUCUAUGAUAGUAUACAAUCCAAAGUCAGAUUUAAAAUACACAUUUACUCUGUUUUUUUAAAAGGAAAAUAAACUUAUUAGUGAUUUGUUGUUGUUGUAAAACAAGUACCAGCAUUGACAUUGUAUUGAUAGUCAACAGUACCAGGUACUUUGAAUGAACUCAGACUCCAAAUCAAAAUUGUAUGAUUUUCAUCUGCUAAAAAAGUAAUGUUAAAAUUUUGACAACUUUUAUUUAUUGAUUAAAUGGUCAUUGGAUUAGCUGAAUUAUUGAAAUUCAAAGUGCAAUAAUAGAUAAAAUAUAUGUUGAUAAAAUAAGUAUUGACUG